GAGCUAGCCGCAGCCCAGCCCGCCCGGUGUACCCGGAGGAGGUGGCUGCAGCAGUUCGGGCCCUGGGGGCGGACAGACACCUCCGCCCCCGAGCAGGGGGGUGGGCGAGCGUGUGGAGGGCGCUGAAGGCCGCGAGAAUCCUCUCGGUAGGUGCGGUGCGGCGGCGGCGACUCUUUGCGAGGCCUAGCUCGGGCGCGGCCGCCAUUUUGAGUGGUGGCGUUGAACGCGGCCGUGGCUGCGGGAGCCCGACUCGCGGCGGGGUGGCCUUGGAGGGGUUGUGGAUGGAGGCUGCGAGGUUCCUGGGGAGAUGGGAGUAGGCGCCUGAGGGAUCCCCUGGGGGAUAGGCGCUCGGGGGGUGGGGGUGGCUAAGUAGCUGCGGUAAAUGGCGCCUGGACGCGGGCGGCGGGAGAGGCGCGCACUUGGCGGUAGUUAGUAUUGCGGCCUGGCUGAGCGGCAGCGCGACCACAAAGGCGGGCGGCCACGGAGAGCGACGUCUCGGCCUGGCUGACGAAGAGGCGGAGCCGCCGUGUAACGUGUGCGAGGUCUCGCCAUUGUCAUCCCUGUGCCCAGCCUCGCGGCCUAUUGUGAGACACCCCCUCCCCCCCCGUGGGAUUAGUGUGACCCGAGGCGCGGAUUGAUUGAGCCUCCCGCUCUGUGGAGGGAUCUGUCUCAUUCAGAGUGGAUUAGUCGCCCCCCCUUGCCCGGGUUACUGCAGCUUGUUCCCCAAAGACUUCCUCUGUCGGGAUAAUAUUUUCUGCCUCACAAGGGUGUUGUGGGAAUUAAUCCAUUAACAGAUACACUGCGCUUGGAAGACAAAAUUGAUUUAUUGUGUUGAUUUAAGUAGCAAGAUGGACUGGACUGGGAAACACAAUGGUCCAAAUGAUACAUCUAGUGAUGGAACAGUACGACUUCGUGGACUGCCAUUUGGUUGCAGCAAAGAGGAGAUUGUUCAGUUCUUUCAAGGGUUGGAAAUCGUGCCAAAUGGGAUAACAUUGACGCUGGACUACCAGGGGAGAAGCACAGGGGAGGCCUUCGUGCAGUUUGCUUCAAAGGAGAUAGCAGAAAAUGCUCUGGGGAAACACAAGGAAAGAAUAGGGCACAGGUACAUUGAAAUCUUCAAAAGUAGUAAGAGUGAAAUCAGAGGAUUCUAUGACCCACCAAGAAGAAUGAUGGGACAACAACGACCGGGACCAUAUGAUAGACCAUUAGGAGGAAGAGGGGGUUAUUAUGGAGCUGGGCGUGGAAGUAUGUAUGACAGAAUGCGUCGAGGAGGUGGUGGAUAUGACGGUGGAUAUGGUGGCUUUGAUGAUUAUGGUGGAUAUAAUAACUAUGGCUAUGGAAAUGAUGGCUAUGACGACAGAAUGAGAGAUGGGAGAGGUAUGGGAGGACAUGGCUAUGGUGGAGCUGGAGAUGCAAGUUCAGGUUUCCAUGGUGGUCAUUUUGUUCAUAUGAGAGGAUUGCCUUUUCGAGCUACAGAAAAUGAUAUUGCUAAUUUUUUCUCACCACUGAAUCCUAUAAGAGUUCACAUUGACAUUGGGGCAGAUGGAAGAGCAACAGGAGAAGCAGAUGUGGAGUUUGUAACACAUGAAGAUGCAGUGGCUGCCAUGUCUAAGGAUAAAAAUAACAUGCAACAUCGAUACAUUGAACUGUUUCUGAAUUCAACCGCUGGAGGCGGCUCAGGAAUGGGAGGCUAUGGCAGAGAUGGAAUGGAUCAAGGAGGUUAUGGCUCUGUUGGCAGAAUGGGAAUGGGAAGCAAUUACAGUGGAGGAUAUGGUACUCCUGAUGGCUUGGGUGGAUAUGGCCGUGGCAGUGGAAAUAGUGGUGGAUACUAUGGGCAAGGCAGUAUGGGCGGAGGUGGAUGGCGUGGAAUGUACUGAAGAGUGACCUUGCUUCUACAAAAUAUCCUGGAAGAAACAGUAUCUGGUCUACUAGACUUUCUUACAAAAUUUAAUUUCUUUUGUAUUUUAAGAACUUUAUAAUGACUGAAGGAAUGUGUUUUCACAAUAUUAUUUGGUAAGCAACAGAUUGUGAUGGGAAAAUCUGUUUUCUGUAGGUUUUAUUUGUUGCAUACUCUGACUUUAAAUAAAUUUUUAUAUUCAAACCA